CACAAAAUUUUCUUGCGCCUCACUCCUUCCCUUUCUUCCCAGUCCGUUUCUUUCCCUUCACGAAAACCAGAACAAACAACAAUGGCGUCGGCUAUGGUGAUGGACCCGAAACCCUCGCCGGAGCCUCCGGCGUCGUUCCCGUCGACGAGAUCGGACCUCCAGGGCUUGGGCGACCAGUCCUCCUCCUUCUCCGACGAGGACGAUCUCUACAGCCGCCUCAAGUCCCUCCAACGCCAGCUGGAGUUCAUCGACAUCCAGGAGGAGUACGUCAAGGACGAGCAGAAGAACCUCAAGCGCGAGCUUCUCCGCGCCCAGGAGGAGGUCAAGAGGAUCCAGUCGGUGCCGCUCGUUAUCGGCCAGUUCAUGGAGAUGGUCGAUCAGAACAACGGCAUCGUCGGCUCCACCACCGGCUCCAAUUACUACGUCAGGAUCCUCAGCACCAUCAACCGCGAGCUCCUCAAGCCCUCCGCCUCCGUCGCUCUCCACCGCCACUCCAAUGCGCUCGUCGAUGUUCUCCCGCCGGAGGCCGAUUCCAGUAUCUCGCUUCUCAGCCAGUCCGAGAAGCCCGAUGUUACCUAUAACGAUAUCGGUGGAUGUGACAUUCAAAAGCAAGAAAUCCGUGAAGCAGUGGAACUGCCGCUGACUCACCAUGAACUAUACAAACAAAUUGGCAUAGAUCCACCACGUGGUGUUUUGCUCUAUGGUCCUCCAGGCACUGGUAAGACUAUGCUGGCUAAGGCUGUUGCUAAUCAUACAACGGCUGCCUUCAUCAGAGUUGUUGGUUCAGAGUUUGUUCAGAAGUAUUUGGGUGAGGGUCCACGCAUGGUUCGUGAUGUCUUCCGUCUUGCCAAGGAGAAUGCUCCUGCAAUUAUUUUCAUCGAUGAAGUGGAUGCUAUAGCUACUGCCAGGUUUGAUGCUCAAACUGGAGCUGAUAGAGAAGUUCAGCGUAUACUCAUGGAGCUUCUCAAUCAGAUGGAUGGGUUCGACCAAACAGUAAAUGUUAAGGUUAUAAUGGCUACUAAUCGAGCUGACACGUUGGACCCUGCACUUCUACGUCCUGGACGGCUUGACCGGAAGAUUGAAUUUCCUUUGCCUGAUAGGAGGCAAAAGAGGCUUGUUUUUCAGGUCUGCACUGCUAAAAUGAACUUGAGUGAUGAGGUGGACUUGGAAGACUACGUUUCUCGGCCUGAUAAAAUUAGUGCUGCUGAGAUCGCAGCUAUGGAAUGCAUGCUGUUCGCAAGAACCGAUACGUCAUUCUCCCCAAGGAUUUUGAGAAGGGUUACCGAACCAAUGUGA